UUUCCAGCACUUAUAAAUUUCUACAAUUUUUUAAUUUAAAAUUUCAUAUCUAUUAUAUAUUGGAAUUUCGUUUAAUUUCCCUCUUUUGUUAACCAUCAAACCGGAAUUUUGUGUCUUUUCUCCGAUUCCUUUAUAUCCCAGUUGAAUCCCCAAAGCCCUUAGAACUCCCAUGGGUUCAGGUUAGGUUUGUUCUGGGUUUUAUUAGAUUUGCAUAAAGGGAGAAAUAUGGGUCACUCUAGCUUCCAAGACGAAGAUGACGAUGAAGAAGAAUACGGGGAGGAAGCUGGUGGGAGUAAUCGGCUCCUGGGUUUUAUGUUUGGGAAUGUCGAUAACUCUGGUGAUCCUGAUGCUGAUUAUCUUGAUGAGGUUGGUUUGUCCAACAUCUUAGAGCGGAUUGUAGAAACGCUAAGAGAUAAUACCAAGGUGUCCUAUCUGUUCUUAAAACUAGUGUCCAAGAAGGAGGCGCCUGACUACCUGAACAUUGUAAGCAUCCAAUGGGUUUGUCCACAAUAAGGAACAAGCUUAGGUUGAUAGAAUACAAAGAUCGAGAAGACUUUAGACAUGAUGUAUGGCAGAUUUCCUACAAUGCUUAUAUCUACAAUGAUGGUCGUAAUCCUAAUAUUCCUCCUCUCGCCGAUAAGCUUUUGGAGCUUUGUGACUACUUGCUGUAUGAGUAAGCUCAUAGCUUGGAUGAAACUGAAGCAGGUAUAGGGGAAUCUUAAUCAGAUCACACUUUUGAAAUCAUUCAUCCGAAAGCCAGAAUUACCUUAGAGAAGAGCUGCUGCUUCUCUGGUGUCCAGGCUUUGAAGAACCAAAGUAAUAGAGCUUUGUAUACAUGUACUUAUAACCUCGAGUGCUUGAGUUGUUUCAGGCAUCAAAAGAAACUAGUUCAUAUAGGUGGGUAAGAAAAAAAAGAUGGUGAUAACCUAGGUGGUGUAGAUGG